GCUAGCGUUAGCUUCGUACUGCCGGGGCCAACUUACCUCCAAAGUUACAUUGAACUGUUCAAUUUGGUAACGAAUCUUCAACACUGAUCGAAACAGUUUCUUUUUAAAGCAAUAGACUUUUCUUAUUGAGCCCGCUGUAGUCAAGGCAAGCCGGCAUGAGCGCCCCUGGUUACCUAAAGUUAGCUAGCAUCGCUGCUUUGUAAACAGUGAUAUGGAUAAUAACGCCACCCAGAUAAAGGAAUAACAACUCUUCAAUAGAGACGCCAAGUCCAUUAAUACCAGCGGCAGGCAGCCUGCACAAACAGGGUUUGCAUCAUGUCCAUUGAUUUUGACAGUGCUGCUCUUCAAACCCAGCAUGAGGAAGAGGAAUAUGACCAGGAGGACUAUGCAAGAGAGCAAGAGCUGCAGAAACUGCUCACAGACCUGCCUGAUGACAUGCUGGAGGACAGCAUAGACUCCUCCUCCCCAGAGCUGCAGUACUCUGCAAUAAGCAAUAAAAACACUGGAAACAGCCCUGAGUCAGCAUGGAGUCAGCAAUGGUCGGUUCAUCCAAGGCCAACCUCUCAUGAACAAGAUGAUUAUAACUAUGGAGAUGGAGCUGUUCAAGUCAAUGGACACCUGGGUCAGAUUCAAAGUCAACCUCACACUUGGAACCAGCACUCAGAGGAUCAUCGGUUCACCCAGGGAGAUUAUACAUACACCAGCAUGGGCACAGAACAAUCUACAGAGACUAAUGAUUUCUCCACAGAUGUGUAUGGUUCUAAACCAUACACUCAAGGCACUAAUAAUGCUGCAGUGUACCAUGAAGAGGAAGGCCAAAGGGACCACAACAAUGCCGGAAACCAUUUUCAGAAUGUAAGGUCUGCAGCAGGAGACAGAGUUGUGGAAGAGUACAAGGCCAGCUACAACCCCCAACAUCCUGCCCAUCAGCCAAAGAUGUUUAACUCCCAGGCUGCUCACCAGCAAGGUCAACUUGACCAUCUGCAAAGAGAUUUUCUCGACUCGACACAACAAACUGCUGAUAGAGAGCAGCUGGCUCAGCUGCAGAUUUUACACAAGGCUCAGCAGAGGCAAGUUGAAGACUUGGAAAGGAAACUGGAGGAUUCAAGGCGUAAUAUGAGAUACAUCGAGCAUCAGUUUGCUAUUGCCAAAGAUGAAAAGGAUGGCCUUGCAGUAAGUCUAAAGGAAUCGAGUCAAUUGGUUGAAGAGGCAAAGCAGAGAGAAGUUCAAAUGCAAAACAAAUUGAAGGCAAUGGAGCAGCAAGUACAGGUCCUUAAUGAGAGAGACCAGGAGAACACAAAGAAGCAGAGGGUGGCGGAGGCUGCAGUGGACAGCAUGAAGCAGCAGAUGUUGGAGCUUUGUCGCUCUGAUACUCUGUCCAGAACACGGGAGCAGCAUGACAGAGACCUCGCCGUCUUAAAGGAACAGCACAAUUCUGUAUUGUUGACACUACAGCAGGAGCUAGACUCCACCUCUCAGGCCCUGAACGAUCAGAUUGAUGUAAGUCAGAGGUUUCAAGAGCAGGUGAGGCAGCUGGAGCGGCGGAGAGAAGAAGAGCAGCUGGAAAGAGCCAGAGUUGUCAACGGCCUCACUCAGCGUCUGGAGGAGAGUCAGCAACAAUGUGCCAAGCUGCUGCAGACGAGUUCAGUGCAGGAGUUGACUCAGGUUCAAAUAAAACUACAACAGGCUCAAUCAGCAAAGGCACUCAGUGAAAAUAUGAACAAAGUCCUUCAGGAGGAUCUGUCUGAUUUGAAGGAGCAGAUCACUCUUUACGAGUCUGCUGUGAAACAUGGAGUUAUUGCUUUUGAUGUGAGCAGUGACUGGGAGAACCAGCUGUCUGAAUCCUGCAUGGAUUUAGGAUUAAAGAAAACAAACAGGAAAAAUGGCACCCUUCACAGUACUGCCCUGGCUCACCUGUCAGACUCCAAGCUUCCCAAAGAUGAAGCUUUGCGGCUGCUGCGAGUGGAGAUGCAGCGCUGCCUGGGGAGCCUGAAGGGGAAGCGUCAGAAGAUCAGUCAGAUGCAGGAGGAGCUCCAGCUCUGUCAGGAUAGAGUGAGCGUGCUGCAGACACAGCUAGAUGAAGCCAAGCUUAGCUCUUCAAUCAGGGAGACCAGCCAGCUGAAACAUCUGGACCUAACUGGGGAGUCUCAAAAAGAGUUCAUGAAAGUACAGGAAGACAAACGACACUUGGAGGAACAAGUGAGGUUAGUGUUAGAAAAGAAGAACAAGGAGCUGAAACAGAGUGAGGAGAAGGUGAGGUCUGCCAAUGUCGAGCUUUGCACCAAGAUGAGAGAGAUGAUCCAAGAACUGGACCAGGAGAAGCAGGAAGCUGCUGAGAGGACUGAGCGGAUUCAUCAGCAGUACAGGGACGAUGUGGUGAACCGGAUCAGGACAGAGCUCAUGCUGGAACAUGAUGCUCAGAUUGAACGGCUGACUUCACAUCAUGAGCAGCAGGUCCAACAGAUACAGACCAAGCUGUCUGAGGCCAAUGAUAAGAUGCUGGCCGUGCAGGAGUGUUACAUAUCUGUCUGCAAGGAGAAGGACAUGCUUGAAGAAAGUGUGCGCAAGAGGGAGAGGGAGGAGGCUUCGAUAAGGGACGAUGAGCUGAAGUCGAGAGAGGACAGUGAAGCAGCUGUGGUGAAACUGAGGGCAGAGCUUGAAUCUCAGCAUCAGGCCUCAAUAAACCAGCUCAAGACUCUGUGGGCCAAAGAAAAGAUCCAGGUGAACUCUCAAGUAGAGAUGGUCAAGACUGCUUAUAAGGAAGAACUGCAAAAGGUGGAGAAGACCUGGGUCAAGAGGCUGGAGGAGGCUAGAAGAAAGAGAGACAGAGAAACCACCGAGGCGGCCUGUCAGACAGAUCAUAAUGAGUCGAGCAGUGUGACUAUUACUGUUGUUGAAAUGGACUCAAGGCUGAGUGCUCAGAAACAGCAGCUGCAACUGGAAGCUGACAAAGUCAAACGCAAAGCUGUGGAAGAAGCCAGAAAACAAGUUCAGAGAGAGCUGCAUGAGAAACACCUGGAGGACAUGGCCAAACAGGUUGAAGGUACAAUAACCAGGGCCUACAAUCGCUGGAUUGAGGAUUUGACUUCGCUACCAGAAUACAAAGCUGCACUCCAAACAGAGAGAGAGGAAUGGGAAGCACUUCAGGAAAAACACAUAGAACAACAGAUAUCCCGGGCCCUGAAGGAGGCAGAGGAGCAGUGGCAUAAGAAGCACAGGGACCAGUUAGAGGAGCAGAGCUCUGGGACACAAAAGAUGGAGGAGCUCCGAGAGGAGGUGGCAGCUCUUCAGAGCCAGCUUGAGCUAGUGAGGAGAGAGCAAGCAGCCCUGCUGAAAGCAGAGCUGGCCGGAACUAGAGCAGUCUGGAACCGAGACAAACAGCAGGAGAUCGCUGUCAUCCAGGCUCGCACUGAGCAGGUGUACCAAAACAAGCUUCAAGAGCAGCGCGAGCAACUGGAGCAGUCUUUGCAGCAGACCAGGGAGGAGGCAGACCUUCAGAAGAAGGAGCUGCUUCUGCAGAUGGAGGCCAAGCUACAGCAGACUCUACGUGCCAGAGAGGAGGAGUGGAGAUGUCAGCAUGCAGAGUGGGAGCAGGCUCAGAGACAGCAGAUGAGAAAGGAAUUCAUAGCAGAGCUUCAGACUGGUCUGGCAGAGAUCCAGGAACAGAUUCAAAUGGAUCACAAAGCAGAUCACCUGGUCACUGCAGACAUCAAGAGGAGCCACAGGGCUUCAUCACACGAUACAAUAACACACAUCAUCCAAACAUUCUGUACAGACAUAAUCAACAGAGCGGUCUCUCAAACCAAAAAGGAGUGGAAGAAAAUAAGUGAGGAGAGACUAAGCCAAGUGAUAAAGGAAACACAUUUACAGCAUGAAAGGGAAAUCAACACCAUUAAAAGCUGUUUGAGCGAGAGGACGGAGCAGGUUAGUUGCAGGAAGGAGUGCUCUGAAACUAAAAGUAAGCUGCAGAAGAAGAAUCAGGAGCUCCAGAGACACUUGGAGAAAGCCUGUCGUCAACUCCAGCACAGCGUUCGAGAGCACAAAAGUGCCAUGCAACGUCUAAAAGAUGAGCAUGAAAGCAGCUUACAAAAGGCAAAGGAGGAACAUCUGCAGCAGCUAGAGGAAGUGAAGGGAGCAAAAGAAUCCUCUAGAAGCUCUGAUCAACAACAGAAUCUUCAGCAGGGCCUGGAGGAGAUGAAGCAGCAAUAUCUGACGACUGUGGAAAAGAUCAGAGAGGACAUGCUGAGGUACCUUCAGGAGAGCCGGGAGAGAGCAGCAGAGACGAUCCGAACGGAGGUGCAGAGGGAACGGCAGGACACUGCCAGGAAAAUGCGGCGCUACUAUCUCACCUGUCUGCAGGAGUUACUGGAGGAUGGAGGAAAGACUACAGGGGCUGAAAAGAAAAUUAUGAACGCGGCAAGCAAGCUGGCAGCCAUGGCUAAAGUGCUAGAGACGCCUAUCAAGAGUAAAUCUGGAAAGAGCAGUUCACAAAGGUGUUUGACAGCUGCUUCAACAGCUGACUGUCCUCCAGGUAGACACGCAGGUUACAGUAAGAUCCUGUCAACACUGCCUGAGCUUCCUGACAUCAGGCCGGAGGAGAGGUCCCACAGGGAAAAGACUUCUGCAGAUUCAGAGCAGAAACAAAUCACUGCAGCGAGGAAUAAACCUUUGUGCCACCGGGACACACCUGUGGCUAGAAAGGAAGAGGACUCUGGGCUGAAACUCCAAUCUUCUGCUCAUUCACACCUCCGCCCUCUCAAACCUUCUCAACAGAUGUCCUCUUCAUCCCAGGUGGAUUUUGUCGAUGCAUCUGUGAGAAGUAAAAGCAGGGCGCUGUACCAGCAGGGAGUUAACUCCAAAGAAACAGACUCGGGUGGACAGAGACAACCAUUUGUUGUCCAGGAGGCUCCAGUCAGAGACGAGAGACUGGCCGACUGGAGCAUGACCAGCAGUGACUCAGAGACAGGCUUCCAGGUUUCCCGACUGUCCCACUCAGGACGCAAAGUAGAACCGGUCAAACCUUUUUCUGUUUCUUCUACAUCAGCCGGUGACUUGGGAGACUUUGGCGGCCUCACCCCGGACUUUUCUGACUUGACUGUUUAUAAUGAAAUAGCCAAGAGGACCCCUCAUACCCAGAACUUUCUUAAUGGAAAACUGAGUUCACACAGGGAGCCUACCCCAGGCUCCGAGGGCGAGAAGCAGCAGGGAGUUUGUUCACAGCCUCUGUUCUCCGAACUGAGGCAGCGGCAGCAGGACAGCGGCUUCGACAGCCCAUUCUACCAACACAAGUGAUACAGAGGUAGGGAGAUGAGCUUAUAACACACUCCACAUUUCCAGUCAGCUGAACAAACGGUGCCUUUAAUGCAGUCUUUAAAGUUAACCCUAACCCUAACCCGAGUGUCAAGGCUUUAAACUUGAAACUGCGUGCAGAGUGUUUGUGUGUAUUGAACUUAGGAAAUUAUUAACUUUAUAGCCACAAUUACAAAACAUAAAAGUAAUAUAAAAAAACUUUCUCUUAGAGGAGGUAGCCCUGAGAGGAUUUUUAAUACUGCCUUGAAAACAUGGACGUAAAUAGCUUUCUUUUGUUGGAAAGGUGUCUAUGAGGUAAUAGUUGUAUUUAACAUCAAACACUUUUCUGUUUUUGCAUAAUUACCUCAGGUAUUAAUGUUUCUUGUUUGUGUGUUUUCUUGGGUGUAGCACUUCCAUCAUAGAUAAGCGAUAAACUGUGAAACCCUGAAUAAGAAAUUCUAAAAAGGUUACCCUUAAAAGACUCGGAGUACGAGAUAAGGUUCAGAUAAAAACGUGUCCCUCUGUGCUCCGUUUCCUCUCUUUGGAUCCAGAACCAUUUACAUUCAUGUGUGUCUGAGUUUUAAUGUUUUUAAUGUUUUUAUACGACUUUAAUGAAAUAUGCUGUGCAUAGUUUAUAAAUGUUUUUUACACUGUUUUAAGACUUUUAAUAAAUCGUAUCUUAUUGAAAA